CGCGCCUCGCCUCUCGCCUCGCCGGAGACGCAGCACGCCAGCCAUUCUGUGUGAUUCACUGCGUGAUUGAUGCGGGCCGGUUAUAACCACAUCCCCGUUGAGCCGCUGGCUGCAUCACACGGCUGUCAUGCUUAUUUUAAAGGUGGCCCGUGGAAACGUUCCUCCCAGCUAAAACGCGGCCCAGACUACCCUCUGCCCGCGUCGCGUGCACCGUGCUCUCGCGACCAGCUGUGCGACGCGGCGCUGCCUCGCGGGCGAGCGAAGGCAGGAGGAUGGCACUGCGUUGGACCGUCGGUCUGUGUUCGUCCUCGGUGUUCUAUUAAGGGCUUAAUUAGCUCGUAACAAGCGGUUACGACCGACUGGCGUGGACGCGACGAUAAGCGCACCCUCCCUCCCCCCGGUGGUUAUGGGAACUGAGCCCAGGUUUAAGGAUUUCUGAUCAGAUUGACUCCGAGGCCCACCCAGCGCCCAAUCAGACGACAGCGGGGCUCAGUGAGGAGGGAGACCAGCACUGAGUCUUAGAGAGCCUCUCAUCAUACCAACACUGUGUCAUCCCUCUCACUCCAUCCUCAGCACCAUGUCAAUCCCCAGCAGCAGCCCAGAAAGGGAGAGCUCCGCUGGAGUUCAGCUUGAGUGCCCCUCUUCUCCUCCUGGCAUGGACGCAGACCCCCCAUCAACAGGCAGCCCAGUGCUCACCCCAGACUCCUCUUCCCAUGAUGCAGUGCUGUCUGCACCAGCAGCCUCUCCAGCAGACUCUGAGAAUCUGAGUCCAGAUGAACUUGAGCUGCUGGCUAAGCUGGAGGAACAGAACAGGUUGCUGGAGGCUGAUUCCAAGUCCAUGCGGUCUAUGAGCGGCUCACGACGCAACAGCGGCUCCUCGUUGGUGUCCAGCUCCUCUGCCUCCUCCAACCUGUCCCACUUUGAGGAAGAUACCUGGAUCUUAUGGGGUCGCAUUGUUAAUGAGUGGGAGGAGUGGAGACGCAAAAAGGACAAACUUCUGAAGGAGUUGAUCAGGAAAGGCAUCCCCCAUCAUUUCCGCGCCAUUGUCUGGCAGCUGCUGGGCAACGCCACCGACAUGCCGGUGAAGAACCAGUACUCUGAGCUGCUGAAGAUGUCGUCUCCCUGCGAGAAGCUUAUCCGUAGGGACAUCGCCCGCACCUACCCGGAGCAUGAGUUCUUCAAAGGCCAGGACAGUCUGGGGCAGGAGGUCCUCUUCAAUGUCAUGAAGGCAUACUCCCUUGUAGAUCGAGAAGUGGGCUACUGCCAGGGCAGUGCAUUCAUCGUUGGCUUGCUUCUAAUGCAGAUGCCAGAGGAAGAGGCGUUUUGUGUUUUUGUGCGUCUGAUGCAGGAGUACCGCCUGAGAGAACUGUUCAAACCCAGCAUGGCAGAGCUUGGCCUCUGCAUCUACCAGUUUGAAUAUCUGCUUCAGGAGCAGCUUCCAGAGCUGAACGUCCAUUUCCGCUCCCAGAGUUUCCACACGUCCAUGUACGCCUCCUCCUGGUUCCUCACCCUAUUCCUCACCUUCCUUCCUCUACCCGUCGCCACGCGCAUCUUUGAUAUAUUCAUGUAUGAGGGCCUAGAGAUUAUCUUCCGUGUGGGUCUGGCCAUCCUGCAGUACAACCAAACUGACCUCAUUCAGCUCGAUAUGGAGGGAAUGUCACAGCAUUUCCAGAAGGUGAUCCCACACCAGUUUGACAGCUGCCCUGACAAACUGAUCCUCAGGGCCUACCAGGUCAAAUACAACCCCAAGAGGAUGAAGAAACUUGAGAAAGAAUACACCACAAUUAAGAAUAAAGAAAUGGAGGAGCAGAUCGAGAUUAAGAGAUUACGCACAGAAAACAGGCUGCUGAAGCAGAGGAUUGAAACACUGGAGAAGGAGAGUGCCGCUCUGGCAGACAGGCUGAUACAGGGUCAGGUGACUCGAGCACAGGAAGCAGAGGAGAACUACGUUAUCAAACGGGAGCUGGCUGUGGUGAGGCAGCAGUGCAACACGGCCAGCGAGAGCCUCGAGAAAGCCCAGGAAACCAUCAGGGAGCUGCAGCAGCAGAGGUACACAGAGCAGUUUGUGAACAAUCUGCAGACGCAGCUGGAGCAGUCCCGACUGCGCGAGGCCGAACUGCUCGGAGCGCUGAAGGAAAUGCAAGACAAGGUGCUCGAUCUGGAGAAGAGGAGCAGCUCCCUGCCUGAUGAGAACAACAUGGCCGCCCUGCAGGAAGAGGUGAAGCAGAUGAAGCUGAGGGAGCUGGAGACGCUGCGAUCGUUUAGAGAGAUGCAGGAUGCCGUCACUGAUCUCAACCAGCGCUGGCAGCAUCACAUGUCGCGUGGCAGCAGCACUGGCGGCGGAGGCCACUGGAAGGAAUCCCCGAAGAAGAACGCCAUGAACGAAUUGCAGGACAAACUGAUGACGGUCAGAUUGAGGGAGGCACAGGCCCAGGCUGAGCUCCGAGAGGUCAAGCUCAAAGCCCUGCAGCUGGAGAGCCAGAACCAGAUCCACAGUAAACUGAUUGGUCGCCAUGAGCAGGAACGCUCCGCCCUACAAGAUCGACUCCAGAUGUUGGCCAAUCAGAACAAAGCUCUGCAGGCCCAGCUCAAUGAGAUGAAAAGGAAGCAGGCCGAGUCGGACUGCAAGAGUAAAGAGGAGGUGAUGGCAGUGCGACUGAGGGAGGCAGACAGCAUGGCUGUCAUGGCCGAACUCAGACAGAGGAUUGCUGAACUGGAGAUACAGAAAGAAGAAGGGCUGAUCAAGGGCCAGCUGAACCACUCAGACUCAAGGCAGUACAUCAGCCAGCUCCGGGACCAGAUUGCUGAGCUCAAGAACGAGGUCAGGCAACUGCGAGGGCAGAAGGCAGCGGCUGGCUCCAGGAUCAGCUGCGGAGGAGGAACCACCAACUACCAGGACCUGUGCUUGGCUAGCCCCGCCUCCGCUGAGGGAGACUACCUCAGCUCGGAUGAAGACCUCCUCAACAGCCCGCUCCCCGCCAACGCCCUGUACCCCACGCUCUCCGACCCAUGCCACCCAUCUCCCCGACUCGACAGCGAGGGCAGCACGGACAGCGAGGCAGAGGAUGGGGUACAGACACAUCCCGACCCGCAGCAGCUAUACGGCAACAUGGUACAAAGUCGCCAAAUUGUCGACCCUUACGCCGCCAGUCGCGCUGAUGCAAGCUUGGACCUGCAGCUGCUCAACCCCAAAUCUGAGUGCCUGCUCUGCAGCAAACUAUUCUCAUCUCUGUCCAGCCUAAAGACGCACAUAUGCAAAAGCCACGGAAGCAAAGCUGGCCACUUGAGGGCCGGCAGGGCUGAUAACAAGAAGUCCCCAUACAGGGGCAAGGACAAGACCUUUGGCUGCGAGGUGUGUGGGAAAGUGUUCAAGCGCUCGUCCACGCUCUCCACCCACCUGCUCAUACAUUCAGACACACGGCCCUAUCCCUGCCAGUACUGCGGCAAGAGAUUCCACCAGAAGUCGGACAUGAAGAAACACACCUUCAUUCACACAGGGGAGAAACCUCAUGUGUGCCAGAUAUGCGGCAAAGCGUUCAGCCAGAGCUCCAACCUCAUCACGCACAGCCGAAAGCACAGGGACGACCGGCCCUACCGCUGCGCUCUCUGCCACUACAGCUUCCAGCACAAAGUGGACCUACGGCAGCACCAGGAGCACCACUGCCUCUACCGCUGAGCUCUGGCCUUUCUUCAUCACCACAUGAAACACUUUUUGGACAGAAAGCCCCUUCGUCUGCUGUUCUGAUGUUCAGGUUUAAUGUAUCUACAGACUUUGCUCAGCUACAGUCUCGUUUAUCUUGGGGGGGGGGCAUAUGAAAAGAAAGACUGCCAUACCCAUGGAUGGAAUUUACCCGUUUCACAAAAGGAGCCUUUCAUCGUCUGCCCUCUGCAGUAAACAAAUCUCUUUAAAACGUUCAAGAUAGUCUGCACCCUUCUAGUCAGCUUUCUGGGUUUCCCCUUCCUCAGCCUAAAGCGUUCAGAGCACGAUGUAACAAGCUGCUGCAGAGUACAUAAAUAAAACUCUUUCAAACCACG